AACACUGCAUAGAAACACACGUGUUCAUGUUUUACAUGUCCUCAUUGUCAAGAGUCAUAACAGUCACUGAAUAUGUUACAACCAAUUAUGCACAUUCUAAACACUAAACAAAUUAUCUUAGCAAGUGGAUCACCUCGAAGAAAGCAAAUACUUCAGAAUAUUGGAAUGAAAUUUGAUGUCGUACCAUCAACAUUUGAAGAAAACUUGAACAAGUCAGAGUUUGCACAUCCAAGUGAUUACGUGAUCGAGAAUGCUCGUUUGAAAACGCUGGCAGUGGCUGAACAUUUUUCAAAGCAACAAAAUAUUCUCCCUGACUUAAUUAUAGGAGCUGAUACAGUUGUAGCAAUGGACAACAAAAUUUAUGAAAAACCAAAAGAUCAAAGUGAUGCAUUCAGCAUGUUGUCACAAUUCAGUGGGCGGAGUCACAUGGUAUACACGGGAAUCGUCCUCAUUAUGCCAGCAUCAUUAACAGGUGGAACAUUACCAGAUGAUAAACAGUUCAAGGUCAUCAAGUUUUUUGAGUCAACAGAAGUGAUAAUGACAAAGAUGUCACCAGAAAUCAUCAACAGCUACAUUAACACAGGAGAACCCAUGGAUAAAGCUGGAGGAUAUGGUAUUCAGGGAAUCGGUGGAACACUUGUGGAGGCAAUCAAGGGAGAUUACUUCAAUGUGAUGGGUUUUCCACUACACAGAUUUUCCAGAGAGUUAUCUCUAUUGUAUUCUGGACACCACAAGAGAACAUUAUCAGCUAUUGGAUGUUACCCAGUUUUUAUUGUAACAUUGUCUGCCAUUGCAGUGUUGAAAUUACAGUUUGUGUUUAGUGGUGAAUAUCUGCAACGUGGAACAGUGGAGAGGUUUGGAAUAUAUAACAUUUUAAAAUGGCUAUUGGUGUUAAAGAGGAAACGGUGGAGAGGUUUGGAAUAAAUAACAUUUUAAAAUGGCUAUUUGGUGUUAAAGAGGAAAGAGUGCAGAGGUUUGGAAUAAAUAACAUUUUAAAAUGGCUAUUUGGUGUUAAAGAGGAAACGGUGGAGAGGUUUGGAAUAUAUAACAUUUUAAUAUGGCUAUUUGGUGUUAAAGAGGAAACGGUGGAGAGGUUUGGAAUAAAUAACAUUUUAAAAUGGCUAUUUGGUGUUAAAGAGGAAACGGUGGAGAGGUUUGGAAUAUAUAACAUUUUAAUAUGGCUAUUUGGUGUUAAAGAGGAAACUUUCUGCCACUGCUACAUUGUUAUAAUAGUACAGUCUACAAAUCUUUUAAAUGUACUUUUCCUGGUCAGGACAGUACACACCACAGCCUUUAACUUACCAGUUGUGGGGCAUUUAACCGGCCUCAAUGGCACAGUGGUUAAGCCAUCGGACUACAGGCUGGUAGGUAC